CUUAAAGCGACUGUUUUUCAUUUUCUAGCUCAGCGUCAACAUCGAAGAACCUCUCUAGUACCCAGGAACAUAUGGAGCAGAAGCAGGAGCAACAAAACGGCAACAACAGCAAAAGGAAUGAAAGAAAAGGUGGUUCUUUGAAGAUGUUUGGGGGUACUUCGAUCAAUGGAGACGAUGCUUCAAGCUUAGUUGGGAGCAUAAUCGAAAAGGGAAUUGUUUCAUCAAACAAUGAUAUUAGUAAACCCAUUAAACCGCCUCAGCCAUCAGUUCUUCCCUUUCCUGUUGCACGCCACCGCUCCUAUGGCCCUCAUUGGACUCCAAGAAGCAAUAGAAAUAUCGAUGAAGAAGAUGAAGUGGAUGAUAAAGAUGAAAGUGGAUUUGCUAGCUUCGAUCCCAGAUCAAUUUUUGCUGAACCAGUGCAGAGGAAAGAGAAAAAAGGUUUGGAUCUUAACCUUUGGAAAGAGCUAAUGCAGAGUGAUGAUUCUUCCAAGAGUAAGGGAAGGGAAACAAACAAGUCACGCUUAGGGAAAACUGAAAGUCAAAGGAUGGAUGGAGGAGCAAUGAAAACUGUAGGCAAGAAAAGCACAUUGAGUGAUUCCUUGGGUGCACAUGCAGAUGUGGUAGUUUCCAUGCAGGUAGAUGCAGAAUCACAUUUAAAUGGCCAUAGGCCUUUGACUAAAACUGAAGAAGCCAUGAGGAGUGAAUCGAGUGUUAGUUCAGUCAGUGAAAUGGACUUAGAUGACUCGCUUCAAUUAUACCUGCAAGAGAAUGUUAAAGAUGCUAACUCAGAUAACUUUAGUAGAGAAUCAAGAUUGAUGGCCAUUGAUGGCCAGGUCGGUGCAAAAAGAAUGUUCCAUAAUGAUAGUACCAAUGUGCAGUUUGGGAGAACGGAGAAGAUAGAUCAUGCACAAACCAUGGUGCCAAAACAAUUCCACAACUUUGGAAAUGAACAAGGGUCCAUGUCUCUUGAGAGUGAAAUUGAUGCUGAGAAUCGUACCCGAUUAGAGAACAUGUCAUCUGAAGAAAUUGCACAAGCACAGGCUGAGAUAAUGGAGAAGAUGGAUCCUGCUUUACUAAACUUACUUAAAAAGCGAGGCCAGGAGAAAUUAAAGAAACAAAAAGGCGCAAGUUCAAGUCUGGUUGCCAAUAUUGAACGGGAUAUUACCAGUGAAAAUCAGUCAAGCAAUGCUAUAAAAUCUCCAAAUACAGAGAGCAGUAAUUCCCAGAUGGUGACAACUAGCUCAAAUAUUACGAAGAGUGGCCUUGAUAAUGGCUUGGGGCAGAAUUUAGGCCCUAUGAAUGGCAGCUUGUGGAAUGCUUGGCGCCAAAGAGUUGAGGCUGUUAGGAACUUAAGAUUUUCCUUGGAUGGGACUGUUGUUGAAAAUGAUUUUUUCCAGAUACCAGAGACAAGUGGUGAUAAUGUUGCUGAACGUGACAUCUUACGGACUGAGGGAGACCCAGGUGCAGCAGGUUACACAAUUAAAGAAGCAGUUGCACUCUCAAGAAGCACUAUUCCAGGACAACGGGCCCUUGCACUGCAUCUCCUUGCAUCUGUGCUUUAUAAGGCAUUACAUAACAUUUAUCUCAAUCCAGUUGGCUCUACUCUGGCCAAUAAUAACAAAGUUGACAAUGCUGUUGACUGGGAAGCUGUUUGGGCUUUUGCACUUGGCCCAGAACCUGAGCUAAUCUUAUCAUUAAGGAUGUCUCUUGAUGAUAACCACAAUUCUGUUGUUUUAGCAAGUGCCAAAGUUAUUCAAUGCAUAUUGAGCUGUGAUUUAAAUGAGAACUUCUUUGAUUUCUUGGAGAAAACAUCAAUUGAUGCAAAGGAUACUUAUACUGCUCCUAUAUUUCGAAGUAAACCAGAGAUUGAUGUUGGUUUCCUUCAUGGUGGCUAUUGGAAAUAUAGUGCUAAACCUUCAAAUAUUCUUCUUUAUGGUGAUGAUAUUGUGGAAGAUGAGACUCAAGGGAAGCAAACAAUUCAGGAUGAUAUUGUUGUUGCUGGCCAAGAUUUUACUGCAGGUUUGGUUAGGAUGGGUGUCCUUCCAAGGAUUCGAUAUCUUUUGGAGAUAGAACCAGCAGCACCUCUGGAAGAAUGCAUGAUUUCAAUACUUAUUGCAAUAGCAAGACAUUCCCCAAUGUGUGCAAAUGCAAUAAUGAAAUGCCAAAGACUAGUUCAAACUGUUGUCCACCGAUUUGCAGCAAAUAACAAUGUGGAGGUUUAUCCCUCUAAGAUCAAAUCUGUUUGCCUUUUGAAGGUGCUGGCACAAUCUGACCGGAAGAACUGUGCGCAGUUCAUAGAGAAUGGGAUUUUCCAGGCUAUGACAUGGCAUUUGUAUCAAAAUGCGUACUCUCUUGAACAAUGGUUGAAGUUGGGGAGAGAAAACUGUAAACUUUCAUCUGCUUUAAUGGUUGAACAGCUACGUUUUUGGAAGGUCUGCAUUCAGAAUGGGUACUGUGUCUCAUACUUCUCCAAUAUUUUUCCUGCUUUGUGCUUGUGGUUGAAUCCCCCUACUAUUGAAAAACUGGUAGAGAACAAUGUUUUAAGUGAAUAUGCUUCCGUCUCUGAGGAGGCAUACCUUGUUCUAGAAUCUUUGGCCAGAACACUUCCAAAUUUUUAUUCACAGAAGUGUCUAAGUGAUAGAAUACCUAAAGGAGCUGAUGAUGAUGUGGAGACCUGGUCUUGGAGCCAUGUUGGUCCUAUGGUUGAUUUAGCCAUGAAGUGGAUAUCAUUUAAGUCUAGCUUGAUUGAUUCUCAGAAUGGAAUGAAGGGAAACUCUCUUUUCUGUGAUAAAUCUUUCUCUCCUUUAUUGUGGGUGUACUCAGCUGUUAUGCACAUGCUUUCCAGAGUGCUUGGAAGAGUGAUCCCUGAGGACACCAUCAGCCUGCAAGAAGACGGUGGUCAUAUGCCAUGGUUGCCAGAUUUUGUUCCUAAGGUUGGACUUGAAAUUAUUAGAAAUGGGUUUUUGAGCUUUAAAUGUGUGAACAGUGCAGAAUAUGGAACUAACUGGGCUGGAUGUAGUUCUUUUAUUGAGCAACUCUGUUCUUCAAGGCAGCAAAGUGAAUUUGAAACAUCAUUAGCUUCUGUAUGCUGCCUUCAUGGCUUCUUCCAGGUUUUUAUUUUCAUUAACAAUUUGAUCCAGUUAGCUAAGGCUGGGAUCUGUAAUCCUUCUCAAGUACGCCGUUUCUCACAAGAAGAGAACAUACUCGCUAGAGGGAUACUGAUGGAAUCUUUGUUUGAACUGAGAUGUGUAUUUAGUAUUUUCUCAAAGUGUGUUGCAUCAGAGUGGUACUUUAUGCAGUCAGUUGAGAUCUUUGGUAGAGGAGGCCCUGCUCCUGGGGUGGGACUUGGAUGGGGUUCCUCUGGUGGAGGAUUUUGGUCAAAAACUAAUUUAUUGGCACAAACAGAUGCACGGUUGCUGAGUCAGUUGCUUGAGAUCUUCCAGAUUGUGUCUAUAGAAGUGUUACCCCUAACUGAAGAGAGGACCUUCACCAUGCAAAUGAUCCAUUCUGCUUUAGAAUUAUGCUUAAUUGCUGGGCCAAGAGACAAGGUUAUUGUGGAGAAAGCAUUGGAUGUUAUGCUUCAAGUACCUAUGUUUAAGUUCCUGGAUCUCUGUAUUCAGCGUUUUAUCCAGGGUAAUGGGAGGAUGAAAUUAUAUGGGUGGGAAUAUAAGGAAGAUGACUACAUGCUCCUCGGUAAGGCAUUAGCUUCUCACUUCAGAAAUAGAUGGUUGUCUAAUAAGAAAAAAUUGAAAGCCCUGAGUGGUGAUAGAACAUCAAAAGGUCGUGUUUCUUUGGAAACCAUACCAGAGGACACGGACACAUCAAAUAUGAUGUGUCAAGAUCAUAGCUCCACUUUGUUGGUAACGGAAUGGGCUCACCAGAGACUGCCGCUUCCCAUGCACUGGUUUCUCAGUCCAAUAUCAACCCUUUGUGAUAGCAAACAUGCUGGUCUUGGAAGAGUCUCUGAUAUACAAAAUUUUAUGCAGGACCCCAGUGAUACACUUGAAGUUGUGAAAGCUGGAAUGUUUUUCCUUUUAGGUUUGGAAGCCAUGUCCACUUUCAUUUCUAAAGAUGUUGCCUCACCUGUUCAGAGUGUUCCAUUAAUCUGGAAACUGCAUUCUUUAUCCAUAAUAUUACUCAUUGGAAUGGCAGUGCUUGAAGAGGAGAAGAGUAGGGAUGUUUAUGAGUCUUUGCAAGAGAUUUUUGGACAGCUUCUUGAUAAGACAAGGUCUAAGAGAAGGCCUGAAACCAUCUUGAAUAUGUCUAUUAAUUUACUACCUGAAACUGGAAAGAAAUAUGAUGGGGAAUUUCUAAGGUUUCAAACAGAGAUUCAUGAAAGUUACUCAACAUUUAUUGAUACUCUUGUCGAGCAGUAUGCUGCUGUAUCAUUUGGUGAUUUGAUCUAUGGUCGGCAAGUUGCGGUAUAUUUACACCGUUGUGUUGAAGCUCCUGUGCGACUUGCUGCCUGGAAUGCAUUAUCUAAUUCUCGUGUUCUUGAACUCCUGCCACCAUUGCAGAAAUGCCUGGGAGAGGCUGAAGGAUACCUUGAACCUGUUGAGGAGAAUGAAGGAAUUUUGGAGGCUUAUGCGAAGUCGUGGGUUUCUUGUGCCCUUGACAGAGCUGCAACUCGAGGAUCAAUUGCAUUCACAUUAGUUCUGCAUCACCUUUCAUCUUUUGUUUUUAACUCUCAUAAAAGCGAGAAGUUAUUGCUACGGAAUAAGCUUGUGAAGUCUCUACUGCGAGACUACUCCAGGAAGAAGCAGCAUGAGGGAAUGAUGCUGGAGUUUAUUCAAAAUACUAAGCCAUCUGCAAUUCUACUGGCUGAGAAGAGGGAAGGUUUGUCACUGCAGAGGAGCAAUGUAGAGGAGAGGUUGGAAAUACUCAAGGAAGCCUGUGAAGGAAAUCCUUCUCUUUUGAAAGAAGUUGAGAAACUGAAAGUCCUCUUGUAACAAAGGACAGUUGUGAACUAAGACAUUCUGUGUAUAGGAACAAAACGCAGUCAAGAAUCCCAAGUAAGGAUUAAUUUGGUCAUUUUAAGGGGUGAGAAAUUCUAUAACGAGCAUGUGCAAGAACGCACGGUAGCAGCAAGAAGGGAAGUUAAGGUUUGAGUGAAUACUCGGCCUACUCAUUGCCCAUAUAACAGCAAAUGACACAAAGCCCAAAUAUAGCAAGAAAAUGUUGAUGUGAAAAGACCACACUGUAAGCAAGCAUGUUGAUCGGUGCAUGAACCCAAUGCUAAGAGACCCACACUGCGCAGCUAAUUCGUCUGUACUUCUUCCAAAUUUUUUAUUGCCGCAUGCCAUUGAUCAUUGCCUUGUGUCACGAUCCUGAUUGAUGAAAUUAGCUGCUUUAGGAAUGCUUUAGGAAAAAGAUUUUGAUCUUUAUAUCCUCUCGACAGUGUAUAUCGAUAAGGCACCUGCUUUGGGAACGGUUACUGCACUUUUUCUUCUUUUUUGUUCCA